AUGAAACACAUCUUAGGUCUUACAAAUUGUCCUCAAAGAAAAGAUCAAGAUAUUUUGGAAGCGGUUGAGUUGGGGAAAUCAGUCAAGAAAGAUUUGAACAAAUAUAGAUUAGAAGGGUUUGGUUCACUUUUAAAGAAAAUCUCUGCUUUUUGUGAAAAAUAUGAAAUUCCAAUGGUGAAUAUGAAUGAAACAUAUGCCAACCCAAAAGGCCGAAGACAAAGGCUUAACGUCACUAAUCAACAUUAUUAUGAGUUUGAUUGUUUUAAUACUAUUGUUGAUAUGCAAAUUCGAGAGUUUGGUGAGAUAGUAAGAUUGAGUGAGUUUUAUCCAAAUGAUUUCGAUAGUGUGGAAAGAAAACAUCUUGAAGAUCAACUUAACCUGUACUAUGCCAAUGUCUCAAAAGAUGAUAGAUUUGCCAACUUGAAUGGUAUUGCUGACCUCGCUAAAGAGAUGGUGAAAACGAGAAAACAUCUUUCCUAUCAUUUGGUCUACCGUUUGUUAAAGCUAGCACUAGUCUUGCCUGUUGCAACAACAACCGUUGAGAGUUGCUUUUCUGCAAUGAAGCUUGUGAAGUCAGAUUUGCGCAACUAUAUUGGUGAUGAAUUUUUAACUCUUGUGUCCUUUGUUCCGUAG